CCAAACCCUAUCUCUUAUCAUUUCCCUCUCUCGGCACCCAAAACCUUACCUUCAACCACAAUGGCAAUGGCAUCUCUUUCAGCCACUUCUCUCACCUUCCAACCCUCUCUCAACUUCUCUACAGCCUCUACACAGGGGUGUUACAAAACUUCAACUUUGGGUGCAGUUUGUGUGGGAUGGAAUAGGAGAAGCUUCCCUUCUUUGAGAUCCUCCCGUUUCCGCAUUUGUGCAGUGCAGGCACAACCAGAAACAGUAGAGAAGGUGUGUGAAAUUGUGAGGAAACAACUUGCUCUGUCCACAGAAUCCGAGCUUACCCCAGACACCAAAUUUUCAGAUCUUGGUGCUGAUUCCCUUGACACUGUGGAAAUAGUGAUGGGUUUGGAGGAGGAGUUUGGCAUCAAUGUUGAGGAGGAUGGGUCUCAGAACAUCUCAACAGUUCAAGAAGCAGCUGAUUUAAUAGAGAAACUGGUUCAAGAGAAAAAAGUGGACCAAACCAAUGCAACUGAAUCAGCUAAAACAGCUGAAUCAGCUUAAUCAUUUGUUUAUUUUUCCAUUGUGAUUUUCUUCAACUUCAUAUUUCGUAGAAUUGGUUUGCCCAAAAGCCUUUUAUUUUUGUUUCAAAUCAUAAGCGUCUCAUUUGGUUUUGUAGGGAAUGAUAUUAGGUGAUGUUACCUUUUUCUCA